UUGGCCACCAUCUUCAAUGCACGUUAAUGCCACCAGGUUCAUAUUUUGUUAAGCUGCCUACGAUCUAGCAAAAGUUAAAGAUAGUUUAAGUUUGACUUAUCAAUUACAUUUUGAUAUAUCCUAAAACAAUAUUUAGUUAUAAAUAAUAAAAACUUUAAUUUUUUUGUUGGCAUGUGUUGUUUUAAAAUCAAACUAUAGCUUUUCAGAUUCUAGAAACUUAAGUUUUGACAAAGGAAUUAAAAGAUAAUCACCCAACUACAACAAAGUAAAUUAUUAGUUCUUCUACACGAUGUCUACUGGACCAACAGUAGCUUCUAUCCCAAUAAAUCCUAUUAGGGUUAUGGUUGGAAAAGCUGUAACUAAAGUUGUCAACAGAUGCCAGUGUGCUAAAGAGGAGCAAAAUCUUGAUCUUUCGGAAUGUCAGCUUAUGUCUAUUCCAGACGCUGUUUACCAUUUAAUGAGAAAUACCGUCAUUCUCGCUUGUGAUCUCUCUUCCAAUGUGCUAAGAAAGAUUCCUCCUAAAUUUGCCAUCAAGUUCACGUAUAUUACAGAGCUCAAUUUGGCAAACAAUAGACUUAGCUCUCUUCCGGAGGAACUGCGUGAUCUCAGCGAUCUCAAGAGACUAGAUAUUUCCCAAAACGACUAUAUGCUAUUUCCCAAGGUGGUCUUCAAACUCCCAAAUCUCAUCUUUUUGAAUGCACAGAAAAACCACUUCACAAGUAUUGACGUCGAGAAACUAAAAGGUGUUCGCUCUUUACGAGAGGUAAACUUUGAAGAUAAUCCUCUAACAAAUGCAUCUCGUGAGCAGCUAAAAUCAAUGGAGUCUGUUACGGUGACUGUCCAUCUCAACUCUACUAUGGACGAGGAUUCAGAUGAUGAUAUUAUGGACUUAGAGAACAUUCCGCCCUCUGGUGGAUUUAAUAGGCAGUAAUUUCUAUCACGUUCGAAAGAGAGGACGAAAUCGAAGAGAUAAAUUGUAAAUUAUGUUUGUUUGUUUUUUAACAGAUAUUUUUAUAAUUGUGUAAUUUUGCAUGUUAUUAUAUAUUUAAUCUGUCAUUACAUGGCAGUUUCUUACUGAGUGGGGAGGCAAAUUUAGCCUCCUGGAUUUUAUCUAAGUAACCCUUGUAAAACUAGUCCACAUAUGCACCUGCACCCCAUACGUACACAAACAUAUAUAUAUAUAUUAUUUCUAAUCACUCAUUUUUAAAGAAAAAUGAGAAAGUAAAAAAAUUAUGAUCAAAUCAAGCAUUUUUAUAGAUAUAUUUUUUUCAACCAUAAACAAAUUAUUAAAAUUAAACGAUGUUAACUACGCAUUUAGUGACAUAACACGAAUAAUUAUGAUAAUACUUUUAUGUUGAUUGGUGUAAAAUAUUAGAGCCAUAAUGAUUUGAAUUAUGAACCACGUUUUGAUGCCAAGCUUAAUGAUAUAUAUUGAUAAUAAAGUAAUUCAAUUAAGUUUUGAAUGUAAAAAGGUCGUGACACGCGCACUUUGACCCACUCGUAACCAAAGGGAUAGUGAGUUGUGUGAUGUGGUACAGUAGUUAUAACUCUAACAAAUCAAUGUUUUGUAUUAUAGUUUUUUUUAUUGAGCCUACACAUCUUCUUUAGUACAUAAGUAAAAUGUUUAUGUACACUAUAAUUUGGAAAUAUCGUAUUUUUUAAGGUACAUAAGUAAAACGUUUAUGUACACUAUAAUUUGGAAAUAUCGUAUUUUUUAAGGUACAUAAGUAAAACGUUUAUGUACACUAUAAUUUGGAAAUAUCGUAUUUUUUUAAGGUACAUAAGUAAAAUGUUUAUGUACACUAUAAUUUGGAAAUAUCGUAUUUUUUAAGGUACAUAAGUAAAACGUUUAUGUACACUAUAAUUUGAAAAUAUCGUAUUUUUUAAGGUACAUAAGUAAAACGUUUAUGUACACUAUAAUUUGAAAAUAUCGUAUUUUUUUAAGGUACAUAAGUAAAAUGUUUAUGUACACUAUAAUUUGGAAAUAUCGUAUUUUUCUAAGGUACAUAAGUAAAAGGUUUGUAUAUACUAUAAUUUGAAAAUACCGUAUUUUUUCUAUGCUUAUCUCGUUAUUUCCCCGAAAGGGGACCGAAGACCGCCUCUAGGGGUCACCUGUUUUAACCAUUCGCACCACAAUACAGUAGUGUGUUGUCUGUCAGUCAGUCAGUCAGUAGACACUGAAAUGGCUUCCCAUAUGGGACGCUUAAUGUUGUAACUUGUACUGUCGUAACUUCAGUAAAACGUGCACAUGACAAGAUUCACCGUAAAUUAUGCACUCUGUAGGCUACAACACAGCAUGACAUUUGAACUUGGAAAGCAAGAGAUGAAAAAAUAUGUGUUACUCUUAAUUUUGGUUUUAUUUACUCUUGAAACAAAACACUUUCUGGGACCCUGCAGAAGUACAUCUAGUAUUCACUGUGUUAUAAACUAACACAUUAAUUAAUUUUAAAAAGUGUUGUCUCAAUGAUUUAAUAGAAAAUAACCUUGUUUAGGUUAAAAAGUAUCAAAACUGUGUAUAGAUCCUUUGAAACUCAGUGGAAUAUUUUUAUUACACUUAAAUGUUCAAUUUCUUUUGCAACGUCAAUUGGCAAUAUUUAUAGCAUGUAUUGUGUUGACAAUCCAAACGUUUACCAAGAUGAAACAGGACAGAUCUGUAAGGCUACAUUAAGGAAAACAAAAAUGAUAUCAAAAAAGUAUGCGAAAAUUCUUUACGUCUUACUUACCAUAUUUGAACUGACAAUCACAUAUCAGAAUGGGAAAAUAAACAAACAACCCCAACGUAUUUUAGGUUUAUUGAGAAAAGUUUAAUAAACUUCUGCAUCGGAUAAUAACAUGAUUCAUAAUCUUACUGUACUAAUUGCCCAAGAAUAUCACCUUGUGAUAUAUUAUUGUACAGCUCCAAAGAAUCAUGUUAUUGUAAGUUCAACUGGUAGUACUGAAAGUCUGACUUUUGGAUUUUACUAUAUUUUUAAAAUCAAAAUUGAUGGACGGUUCAUGCUCAAAGUUGGAAACGAAAUAACCUAAUUAAAGUGUUAGUUUUGGUAUUAUGUAGGAAUUGUAAUUAACUUUCCAUUUCGUAGAAUUACUUAUUGUUGAACGAUUUGAUAAAUUUUGUAUAAGAGAAAUAUUUCUCUUUGUGAUUAUCGUAAAUAAAUGAAUAAAAAAGUUUCA